AUGACACCUGUCGUUUUUGCUAAGCCGAUAGAUCGGAGCUCAAUCCCUCUCCAGCAGACCAGGGUCGAAAGCGCAAAAUCAAAUGUUAGCACGACCGAUGCUGCCCAUAGUUCCGAGCUAUCGUUGACAGACAACGGAAUUCUACCACAGGCAACCGAUCUUACCCAUGUGCCCCGUGUAUACUCCGAGGAGAGAACGAUACCUGCAGAGAAGUGGAUAAGAGCACCGACGGGUGCCUCCAGCUCCAGAACGACCGCAGAAACAAUCGACGAGCUUUUGCACCGUGUAUCGACUCUCGAGUCUAUCGUUUCGCAACUAUCCGACGCGUCCAAACUCUCCCACCCCACCCCACCAGCGGCGCCCUCUCAUGAGCCGUCGAUCAUUCGCUCAAGUUUCGGAACGGACACCAAAGACGAGGAUGUCGCUAUGAUGCUAGAGGACUUCGCUAUGGGCCACCGCGUGAACACCAACCGUGCAGCCCAAGAACUCGAGGCCGCGUCCCACAGCACUGACAGGUCACCGCAACUCAGGGUCACGCGGAAAGGACCGCAGCUCGGUAUUCUCCCCAGCCACCCCCUCGCACUGCUCAUCGACCCGAACACGGAUAUCCUGGGUCGCCUGCUUUCUGUGAUGCUGCCAGAACAGCAGGCUGGUGUGCUUGUCCAGUUCUACUUUGACCGCCUGGACUGGUACUCGAAGGUUCUCCACCGGCCGACCUUCGUCGCAGAAAGCAAGAAUCUAUGGGCCAACAUCUCCUCCCGAAAUUUCGCCGCCAUCGACAUUGGAUUUCUGGCUGUCUACUAUAUGGUGUUGUGCUUGGCCCUUCACCUCAUCGAAUCGAUCGUACGCGAACAACUGGGGCUCUCUUUCCUCGCUGCUUCGGACCUCGCACGAGACAUGCACUCUGCCGCUCAAGCAUGUCUACAUUUUGAUGAGUUCCUCGGCUCGCAUUCCCUCGAGCAUCUGCAGUGCAUCAUUCUUAUGGGUGUUUACCAGCAAAACCUGGACGAGUCUGACACCCACUGGGCUCUUCUCGGCGCCGCCAUCAAAAUUGCUCAAAAUUUGGCAUAUCCAUGCUGGGCACCGAAGGAGAAGAACGAAAUUAUUCGACACCCUGGGGCUCUAUCGUGCGACGAGAGGUUGCACGCAGAGUAUGGUGGAUUCUGUCAGAACCACACUGGGUUUCCUGCCAACGUCAACGACAUGGACCUCGUUGACGGGAUCCCAUUCAAACCACAUCCCCCACGGGAAUAUACAGAGAUGACUUUCUCGCUCUGGCAUUCUUUCAUCGUGGAAAUGGACAGCAAGAUCUCUUGCGCGUUAUCUGAGCUGCCCACCUAUUUCCGGGGGCCUGGACCAGCUGUCAAGGGCUUCGAGCUGACGCUGGCUCUGAUCAUGGGAGAGACAAGACGAUUGCGGUUACAUCGGCCUUUCUUGUUCAGGGGCUACAAGGACAAGAAAUAUAUGGCUUCACGAGUCCAAUGCGUAGCCUCUGCUACGGCUAUUCUCAACCACCUCAAUUCGGAUGACUCGGCUCUGCUGCUCAAGUGGUGGAUUGUUCUGUUCUACGGCUUUGCGGCUGCAGUUGUACUGUUCAUUGAUCUAUGCCACCAGAAGGCCGAGGGGCAAGCCGAUCUCGAAGGCCGUCGCAUGCAGCUAAGAGAAGCGCUCGAUUUGUUCAAAACAGCCGAGCAAGUGUCUCAUGUCUCGCGUAACGCAAUAACGUUGCUGGAGGGCCUUCUGACUGCUGAGCCUGGGAUGCCGUCGAGACCAUCUCACAAGCGUGGGGCUACAGACGAUGCACCUUUUGGCAGAAUCGUCAAACGUAUGAUUAUCGAUGCCUCGCGGAAUCUGACUGUGCCAACGGCAAUAUCCCCAGCAAGCAGCAGCAGCGCAAACAGUGCAUCACCGCCAAUGCCCCCCAUUCGCAGUCAAGUUACCCGCCAGCCCGAGACCCCUGACAUGAUGCCUGAACUGUUUAUGGCUGGAGGGAUGUUCCGCGACGAAGGCGUGUUUUCUGGUCCUCAUUUCGACGACCAGACGAUGGCACAGCUUUCCCAGCUACUAUACAGCGAUCCAUACGGUUACACAGACAACUACGCGGGGAGUGGUUGAGGUUCACGCGGCUUCUUUCGUUUCACUGUAUCAUAAUUAGGCCUUGUAAUAU